AUGGCUGCCAUUACAUUUAACCAUGAGCUAGAGGAACCACAGCCCUAUGAUUCUGGAGUGCCGCAAGGUAGCCCCAUGUCUCCGGUACUAUUCAUGAUCUAUGCUGGAGUAAUCCUGGACCCAACAAGCAGCCCGAAAGAGAUGGACACCACAUACAUCGAUGACGAUGCGCUGGUGCAAAUAUCCAAAACACCAGGCUUCACAAUCAAGAGAAUGGAGGAACGAAUGAGAGAGAGACUAAUAAAAGCUAAGCCACUCCAAAUCAAGCUGAAAUAUGUAGGAGUCUGGAUAGAUCCGACCAUCUCCUUCCGGCCCCACAUCGAAGCAGCGAUCGCAAAAGGCCUUAAAGCCCUCCACCAGAUUCGAUACACCGUCCGCCUGCCAGGCAUAACAGUUAAAACGGUCCACCACAUCAUAACACAAGGCUUCCUCCCAAGUCUACUCUACGGAUCCGAGGCGUGGUGGACUGGCGCAGACCACAUUAUAAGAUCCCUCGAACCACUAUAUAAUGAAGCGGCCCGGAUCAUCACCGGCCUACCACGAUGGACCAAAAGAGCUAAACUCCUCCGAGAAGCAGGCUUACCCCCCUUAGAACAUCUCCUGACAUAUCGCUCAAGAAAGUACGGAACUAGAAUACUCUGCACCGACGCAACCCACCCCAACAAUGAAUCCCUGAUCGAGCUCCUCCCAUACAGAGAAACCCCCGGAAAUGCGAGAGAUAAGUGGAACCAAAAUAAACUACUACGCGACCACCUGUUGGAAGAAUGGAAUUCACAAUCAAUACCGAACUACCACCACCGGGGGGAAUUACGCCCCCCUCCCAAGAUAGCGAAACUUACCCUUACGGAAGCAAAAAAAGUAUUUCGAAUCCGGUGCCAAACCACCCGAAUCGACAAAUAUGCAGUACAUACAGACCCCGACCCAUGCCAGUGUGGUAUGGAAAACUCAGCGAAUCAUACACUUAUGGAAUGCCCAGCGUGGGCUCGAAUCCGUACCCCUCUGAUAGAAAAGAUCCCCGGAGCGAUGACCUGGGAAAACUGGAUGUUUACAAACCUGAGAACGGACCUCAUCCUACAAUUUGCAAAACAAUCUCAACUCUCGAAAUGGUACGAGUCGGCGGAGGCGGAGGCGGACCUGGAAGAGGGGAUGGAGGAAAAUGAUUAG